GAGAGAGAGGAAGUGUAGGAGCUCUAGUGCUGCGUACCAAUGGUGUUAUUUAACCAUCAGCAAUGGAAUAGAAGGGGGAGCAAUAUCUUGCAACUGUCACCAAACACCUACAGUUCAUGGUCCUAAACAACCAUAAAGGGAAAUACACAACAAUCAACUGAGUAACUGCUGACAGCUUUGUUUUGGGGUGUGUGGAUGAUGUCAUUGCCAAGAGGGGCCUGGCUUGUUUGUCUACCUCACACUUAAUUACCAAAUCACAUGCAAAUCCAUCCUGGUAACCAUGACAACUCAUGCAGGUCCAGGCUCCAUCCUGCUGAGGUAAAGAGCAAGAGGAGAGAUCCAGUUACAAGGACACAUGAUACUCCUGUAAGAUAUCUGCUCUUUAGAAAGGACAUACAAGCAGGGACAGUACAGCUUCUUGACAUACCAGAAGCCAGCCUUGAAGGCGACCCCUUUCCAGACUCAAAGUGGUACCGUCUCAAAUGCAGUCACCAGGUUAUUACGAACUGAAAAGUUUAUCAGUUAAAAGUUUGUUUCAAAGGUGAAUUGGGAGAGUCUCUCAUUCCAAGAAGGGAAAACAAAACGCGCAGCAUUAUUGGAUCUAAAAUUCAUACCGCCUCGAUAUUACCACGUGGAGUAUGCAACACUGAAGAUUUAACGUGGCAAAACGUGCAAUAACCGUUGGGAUAUUUCAAACAUAGUAACUGAAUAAGGUCUAUGAUGUUGGAAUGAGGAAGUUGAAGUAGAAAGAGUCUGAGUGAGAGAAGAGAAGGGAGGGGCCUAUUGGUUGUGUCCCCAGAGGGGAGCAGCAAGAACUCUGGCCAUGGGGGAUGGCGGUGGGGGUGGAGACAAAGUGGACCAGGCACAUGUCCUGUUUGAUCGCUUCGUCCAGGGCUCCACCUUUAAGGGGACACUGAAGGCCUUUCAGGAGCUAUGCGACUACCUGGAACUGAAGCCCAGCGACUACCGCAUUUUCUACCACAAACUCAAGUCCAAGCUCAACUACUGGAAGGCCAAGGCUCUCUGGGCCAAGCUGGACAAGCGAGCCAGCCACAAGGACUACAAGAAGGGCAGAGCCUGUGCCAACUCUAAGUGUCUGAUCAUCGGUGCCGGUCCGUGUGGUCUUCGAACGGCCAUUGAGCUCUGUUUCCUUGGAGCUAAAGUUGUGAUCUUGGAGAAACGUGAUGCCUUCUCUCGGAACAAUGUCCUGCACUUGUGGCCCUUCACCAUCCAGGACCUGCGCGGGCUUGGAGCCAAGAAAUUCUAUGGCAAGUUCUGUGCCGGUUCCAUCGACCACAUAAGUAUCCGUCAGCUUCAGCUGAUGCUUCUGAAGAUGGCGCUGCUCCUGGGCGUGGAGAUCCACGUCAACAUUGAGUUCUGCGGUCUCAUCGAGCCCCCAGAGGAUCAGGAAAAUGAAAGGAUUGGGUGGAGGGCUGAGGUCUGUCCCCGAACGCACCCCGUUUCUGAGCUGGAGUUCAAUGUCAUCAUUGGGGCUGACGGGAAGAGGAAUACUCUGCCAGGUUUCCGCCGGAAAGAGUUUCGUGGGAAACUGGCCAUCGCCAUAACGGCCAACUUCAUCAACCGCAACACGUCGGCAGAGGCCAAGGUGGAGGAGAUCAGUGGCGUUGCCUUCAUCUUCAACCAGAAGUUCUUCCAGGAUCUUCGGGAGGCCACGGGCGUUGACCUAGAAAACAUUGUGUACUACAAGGAUGACACUCACUACUUUGUCAUGACCGCCAAAAAACAGAGCCUGCUGGAGAAGGGUGUGAUACUGCAUGACUAUGCUGACACAGAGAUGCUGCUGUCUCGGGAGAAUGUGGACCAGGAGGCCUUGCUGAACUACGCCUGUGAGGCGGCCGACUUCUCCACCAAUCACCAGCUCCCCAAGCUGGACUUUGCCAUCAACCACUAUGGGCAGCCCGACGUGGCCAUGUUUGACUUCACCUGCAUGUAUGCCUCGGAGAAUGCUGCUCUGAUGCGCGAGAGGAACGGCCAUCCGCUGUUGGUAGCACUGGUGGGAGAUAGCCUGCUGGAGCCCUUUUGGCCCAUGGGUACCGGUAUUGCCCGCGGCUUCUUGGCUGCGAUGGACUCUGCCUGGAUGGUACGAAGCUGGGCACAAGGGAACUCUCCACUGGAGGUGCUGGCUGAAAGGGAAAGUAUCUAUCGCCUACUCCCCCAGACAACUCCGGAGAAUGUUAGUAAGAAUUUCAGCCAGUAUAGUGUUAACCCAACCACAAGGUAUCCUAACAUCAGCCUCCAUUUCCUGAGACCCAACCAGGUACGGCACCUCGUUGACACAGGAGACUCUAGGGAUACUCGUGUAGAAAUGGAGAACGCUGUUAAUUCCAGGACUCCCAAACUGAUGAGAAAUGAGUCUGUAGCUCGCUCCAACAAGCUGCUAAACUGGUGCCAGCGGCAGUCAGAGGGCUUCAGAAAUGUAAAUGUGACUGAUCUCACUAUGUCGUGGAAAAGUGGACUGGCCCUGUGUGCCAUCAUCCACCGAUAUCGGCCAGACCUCAUUGACUUUGACUCCCUGGAGGAGCAGAACAUGGAGAAGAACAACCAGCUGGCCUUCGACGUGGCGGAGCGGGAGUUCGGGAUCUCGCCCAUCAUGACUGGGAAGGAGAUGGCCUCUGUUGGGGAGCCGGACAAGCUCUCCAUGGUCAUGUACCUUACCCAGUUCUACGAGAUGUUCAAGGACACGUUGCCUCCUGGGGAUAACCAUAACCUGAGCCCAGAAGACAAGGCUGUCUUGAUCUCCAACACCAAGUCUCCGAUCUCCUUCCUGAGCAAGCUGGGACAGAGCAUUUCUCGCAAGCGCAAUCCAAAGGACAAAAAGGAGAAGGAAGUGGAGGGGACUGGGAAGAGGAGGAAAACCAGUCAAUCUGAAGAUGAGGACCCCCCACGCGGUUACCGUGACGAACGGGCUGCCCUAGUCUGUGCCUUGUCGGAGCGGAAGAUUGAGACCGGCAUUGGGAACCAGAACAAAGUGAAGUCGAUGGCAACGCAGCUGUUGGCCAAGUUUGAGGAGAACGCCCCUGCACAGUCCUCGGGGCUGAAGAGACAGCGGGCCCUCUUGCCAUAUCAAGAGCGGCUGCUGACUCCGCCCACGGUCCUUCAGAAAGAACAGGGCCGACUCGCACCCGUCCCGCAGUGGAGACAGGCUACAAGUGUGAAGCGAUCACGGAGCUGCCCUAAGAAAAUCAUUUUGCUCUCCUCCUCCUCCUCCUCCUCUUCAUUGUCUGUCCGUGCUCAGCAAGGAGAGAGUGAAGGAUCUGAGUCUGAGGGCCAGGAAGAGAGCCCUGUCCUAGAGCGGAUGCCACUGAUAGUUUACUCUGAUGAUCAAGUGCCUAUUUUCACCCCUAGCAUUGAGGAGAGAGCAUCCCAAAUUACUACCCACUUUGAACAGAAGGCAGACAGGCGACAGAGGUAUAUAAAGAUGUACACAGGGGGAGUGAGCUCAUUGGCUGAGCAGAUAACCAAUCAGCUUCAAAAGAAAGACCAGCCCAAGCCCUUUCUAGACAAGAAGGAAUUGGGUUCAUUCCGCAGAGAGUUUCCCCAGAACAUUGGCGGCAGUGAUGUCUGCUUUUUCUGCCGGAAGAGGGUCUACGUAAUGGAGCGGCUCAGUGCAGAGGGCAAAUUCUUCCACCGUAGUUGCUUCAAGUGUGACUAUUGUAACACUACCUUGCGGCUCUCCUCUUACGCCUUUGAUGUUGAAGAUGGGAAGUUCUACUGUAAACCUCACUACUGCUACCGGCUCUCAGGUUACGCUCAGAGGAAGAGACCUGCAGAAGCACCACUCACUGCCAAGGAGAACAAAGUGUCUCUACCGGACCCUGUUGCUGCUGAUGGCCCAGUCCAGGCAAACGCCACAGCCACCCCUACAGAAAGGACCCCAGCAGUAGAUGUGAACGGGGUGGAAGAGCCUGCCCUGGCAAAGCGUCUGCGGGGCACCCCGGAACGCAUCGAGCUGGAGAACUACCGGCUGUCACUGCAGAGAGAGGAGGAGCUGGAGGAGGUGCCUGAGGAGACGCUAGCAGAGCACAACCUGAGCAGCGUGCUGGACAAGGGCACCGACGCGGGCGAGGGCUCCAGCAGCUCGGAGUCGGAGAUGGAUGAGGUGGAGGAGGAGGGUGAGGAUGAAGAUCACCCUGUCUCAGACCUGGGUGGAGUGCCAUGGAAACAGGCUGUGCAACUCCAUGCCCGUCUGAAGGGCAAAAGUGAAACGCAGAUAGCAGCAGAGGAGGAGGCACGUGCCCUCGGAGAGGAAGAGGAGGAGGAUGAAGACGACGACGAAGAAGAAAAAGAGGAGGAGGAAGAGUCCAGUGAAGAGGGAGAGUAUUACCCCUGGGAGAGGGAGCUCCAGUUAGGGUUGUGGCUUGAGCAUCUAAAAGAUGAAGAGGACACAGGUAGAUUCAAAGCCGGGAAUCUUCGCAUUCAACAAGUCCUGCAGCCCGUAGACCCCCUGGAGAUCCAGGCAGACGUGCACUGGACGCACAUUUGUUCUGAGCAGGAGAAGGAGAGGGCUCCAACUUCACAACCCUCUCCUUCCACAGCACCCGACAUUCCAUCAGUCCGCCAUGAGGCAGUACGAGCUUGGCUGGAGACGGUAUCUGGAGCUCUAUGUGAGGAGAAUGAACUGGAGGUCGGAGAUGAGCCUGGGGUUCGUGAGGAAGAGCCCGAAGUUGGCACAGAGCUGGAUGAGGAUGAUAUCCCUUCGGAUGCUGAGGCUGAGGCCCGGAUGCAUCGGAUUGAGAGAAAGGAGCAGCCCCCAGAGGAAGAGGGAGGGUCCGAGGGGCGAGGGAGGGUGUCCAGUCUAGCCCAGUCGUCGGUGAGCCCAGUUAGAUCUCUGAGUGAUGUGCUGCUGUCACCAGUAACAAGCAUAAAGGAUCAGGAUGUGGAGGGAGUGUGUGAAACCUUGUCGCCAGCUUCUCUGUUGAAAUCUCCAGGUGCUCGCUUUUUCCAGGAACCAUAUCUCCCAAAAGAAGGAAAAGAGGAUAUUAUUUCUGAGACUCCAGAGGCCAAGACCCUCAUCUCUCCCACACUCCCUUUUUCGCCUAUUCGUUUCCAGCCUCUUCCUCUGCCAGAAGCUGUUAUACCCAAGUCACCAGUCAAAACACAACCAUUAGCCUCUCCUCCAGCUACGAGCCCUGUCUGUGCCCACUCUCCAAUAUGCUCCCAGCCUUUGCCAUCAACGGAACCUUCCUCCCCUGUUCUGUCUGGGUCCCCAGUACGAACACAGCCUUUGCCAGCUGUUGCCUCCACUCCUUUAGUCAAACCUGUGGUAGAAAGCGAAACCCUUGAGGAACAAAAUUCCUUAAGUCCAUCAGCAGAUGAUCAUGUGAAAAAGACAGAUAUUAUAGAGGAGUUUUGGGUGAAGAGUGCCGAAAUUCGAAAGAGCUUGGGUCUUACACCGUUGGACAGGAGCAAAGGGUCAGAGAACAGUUUCCCGGAGUCCACUCCCGAGUCUUCUCCUCCAAGGUCCGACACUCCAGAAGAGCUUUCAGAAGAACAUAAGCUGUACCCGAGCCGGCCUCAGCCAGCCUUGCGGAGGUUAAACAUUGCAACCAUAGAUCGUCACCAUCUCUCUAACUUGAUCAUGGAGUCACCCAGCGAGAAAGAACUGAAGAGCUCGGACAUGGAGAAGGAUGUCGGCAGUAGCUCAGGGCUGGGUCUCAAUGGGAGCAUGGCUAACACCCAAACGUUGACCAGCGAGAGCUUCAACACUUCUGAAUCCACCAUGCUAACGCCUCCAUCCAGCCCUCCCCCUCCGCCACCAGAGAAUGAAGAGCCAGCUACCUUGAGGCGAAAUAAGUAUCAAGCCAGCUGGAGUACCAUGCCUGAACCCACACCUGUGCCAGCACCAGUGCCACAAAAAGCACCAGCUGCAGCUCCCACUCCUGCUCCCUCGCCAGUACCACCACAAACUCACUCUGAAUUCAGACAAGAGCCCAGCAGGAAGUCACGGGAAGAAGUGCGCAAGUCCUUUGUGGAGAGUGUGGAUGAAAUCCCAUUCGCUGACGAUGUUGAAGACACCUGUGAUGACAGGACGCCAGAUACCAGCUUCCAGGAGAAGUUCUACACUCCUCCAACUAGCAAGCCCAAGCAGGAGAAACCCCUAUUUCACAUGGCCUUGGCCAUGGAUAACGGUAAGCUCAACCUAGGAGAGGGCGCCACAUCAAAACGACAGCGAGCGAUGCCGGCAAUCUCCCCAGAAGCUAAAGAGAUAGCUGAAGAAAGGAUGCGAGCCCGGGAGAAGUCUGUAAAGAGCCAAGCUCUGAAGGACGCCAUGGCCAAGCAGCUCACCAAGAUGAAAGAAAUGGAGGCGGUUAAAUGUGGUGGCUCAGCUCAAGCUGUCUGGAAUGUGGAAUCAUCCAGACCCAAAGUGUCACCCCUGGUAUCUAAGUCUAAUAUACCUUCUGCUGUCAAGUCCUUGGAGUCUAGAAAGCAUGAGAAGACUGCUGACAAGUUCUUAUCACCACCGGGUGGGCAAAGUCUAGAAGGCUCUGUGUCUUCCUCUGAAGGCUCCACCAGUGGGAAGAGCAAAAAGCGCACAUCCCUCUUCUCUCCUCGCAAGAACAAGAAGGAGAAGAAGCCCAAGAGUGAAGGCAGGCUCUCCGACAAACACAGUUCAGAGGAAGCUGCCAAGCCCAAGUCCCUCUGGAAGACAGUCUUCUCAGGGUACAAGAAGAAGAAGGAAGGCAAAUCCUGCCCCAGCACCCCAUCCAGUGUCACUACUGUGGAUUCUGGGAAAAAAGGGGCAUCUCCUGUCAUAAGGGCAGCAGAACUCCAUCUCCGUCGACACUUGAGUUUCUCUGAAGACUCUGAUCUCUCCUGUGAUGACGUGCUGGAAAGGUCUUCCCAGAAAUCCAAGACAGAUUCUGUUUAUGUUCCCCACGCCUUGGCAUUCAAGAGAUCAUACGCAUCAAAGAAAACAUAUACAGAGGAAGAACUAAAUGCCAAGAUAACCAGAAGAGUCCAGAAAGCAGCCCGCAGACAAGCCAAACAGGAAGAGCUGAAGCGGCUACACAGAGCACAGAUUAUCCAGAGGCAGCUGGAGCAGGUGGAGGAGAAGCAGAGACAGCUGGAGGAACGGGGAGUCGCGGUGGAGAAAGCCUUGCGAGGGGAAGCAGACUAUUGGGGAGAGUCUAAUUACAGUGAAAUCAUCGACUUGCAUCUGGGUGUUGAGCCCAAUGUGGGGACCCCUCGCCGAAGACCUAUCUCCUUCUGCCAUUGCUGUACCCACGAAGGAAUGGGCAAGAAGGAUGAUCCCAAGCUAAUGCAGGAGUGGUUCAAGCUAGUCCAAGAGAAAAAUGCCUUGGUGCGCUAUGAAUCUGAGCUCAUGAUAUUUGCCCGAGAACUGGAGCUUGAAGAUCGUCAGAGCAGGUUACAGCAAGAGCUGAGAGAACGCAUGGCUGUUGAUGACCACCUGAAGACAGAGGAGGAGCUUGCAGAGGAGAAGCACAUCCUGAAUGAGAUGCUGGAGGUGGUGGAGCAGAGGGACUCGCUGGUGGCACUUCUGGAGGAGCAGAGGUUGAGUGAGCGAGAGGAGGAUAAGGACCUGGAGGAGGUCAUGCUUUCCAAGGGUUUCAACUUGAACUGGUCAUGAGCCCCCACUGCGGUGUUUGAGCACUCCCGUACUUGGCCUUGCUGCUGCUGUUGGAGAAACCCUGGAGUAGCUCCUCUUCUGUGGAGUGUUUUGGAAUGCGUUACAAGCAUGCCUGCCUUCCGUGCUGUACAAAGUUUACAAAUACAUCACAAUGAGCACCUCUGCCUGGGUAAAAGAGAAAAAAAAGGGGAGAAGUUUUUAAAAUAUAUUUAAAAAAAAAGUUUGGACCCUCGCUACUUGAGGAAAUAAUUACAUCUUUCCUGAAAUGCAGGGAAUAGGAAGAGAAACAGAAUGCAAGAGUCCUGCUGAUUUUAUAGAUUUUUUUUAAAAUAUAUAUAUAUAUAUAUAUAUAUAUAUAUAUAUAUAUAUAUAUAUAUAUAUAUAUAUAUAUAUAUAUAUAUAUAAACUGUGUAUGUGUGUGUAUAAAAUAAGUCAACUGAGAAGACCAGUUUAGUUUUAACUGCAAAUAUGUAUUUAUUGAAUGUUACAGUGAAACUGAGGUGCAACUUGAUCCAGACUUCAAGAAUGGAACCCCUCUACUUUUGGCUCUUACCAGCCUAGUUUCUAUCCUAUCCAUUGAACUCACUCCGAGGCCCCCAAAACAGCUAAUGAUUAAGCUACCUGAUGUAACUGUGGUCUAAGCGUGCUGCCAUUUUGAAAGUAUACCUCUCUGUGGAUCUUUCCCUUUUUUGCACAAGGACUGUUUAUUUCUUGUAUUGACCACAUCUGUUAGAGACCUGUAUUCAAGUUCUAAUUGUCUAUUUAUGACUUUAAAAAGUUUAGGACUACUGCCGCUUCAGUUCAAUCCUACAGUGGCCCUGUUAGUUGAAAGACAGCUGUCCGUUUUAAAGACAUUAUUGUGAUGGAAACGUCAAUGUGGAAGUGAGGUAGCCAGGGUGUGCACUGUCAAAUGACUGGCUCAGUGGCAAUAGUCUCCUAAAUUGAUAUUACCAGUACACCUUUUUUUUUUUUUUCCUUUUCCAAAUAUGCCAUGCAGGAUGUUACAUUAUUGUUUCUGAGAUCUAAUACCUAUUUUAGAUGGUGAAGAACCAAUGAGCUCUACAUACCCUAUCAAGGUACACUGUAUUACUAUACAAUUGAUGCACUGGGUUGAAUACAGUUUCUGCUGGCUGUGUGUCUCUCUCUCUCCUUUCUUUCUUUCUUUCUUUCUUUCUUUUUCUUUCUUUCUUUCUUUCUUUCUUUCUUUCUUUCUUUCUUUCUUUCUUUCUUUCUUUCUUUCUUUCUAUCUUUCUUUCUAUCUUUCUUUCUUUCUUUCUAUCUCUCUCUUUUCUAUAUACAUGCAUAUAUACAUAAAUACAACUAUUUUAUCUAGCGCCUUUUAUAGUGGACCACCUUCACAAAGCGCUUUACAAGAUAGUGAGGAACAAUGCAUAAUACAUUAAAUACAGUGAAAUACAGGGCAUAGUACAUUAAAUACAACGUUAAAAAACAAUCAAUACAUACAUACAUAUAUAUAUAUAGUCGUACAAGGAGAGAGACAUUGCGCAAAGCAUCAUGUCAAUACAUUUUUUUCUCUUGACAGUAUUUAAAGAAAGAAAAAAAAACAACUUUGUGUGCUAGAGAGACUGCAUUAGGUAUGCUUUUAACAUUACAGGUCAUGUGGGAGAAAUACAAACUGACAGAACUUAGUAUUCAAGUAAUAAAAACUUGAAUUAUACAGUUGGGAAUAUCUAUGGAGAGAAAGCAGAAAUAUAGCAACUGUUUUUUAUACUAAUUUGUCAUUACAUCGUCUUUUGUUCAGUGCUCUAAUUACAUACUGUACAAUAUUGCACACUAUAUAAUAAAUACUGCCACCAAAGAGUAACAGAUGAACAGUUAAAUCAUUUUAUACAACUUAACAGUCUGUAGCUUUUUCUGGAGGAAUCAAUUGAUACAUUAGCAGCAGAUUAAUUUGAAUCCACCUUGAUGUGAAUGUCAGACUUGACUGUUUCAACACUAAGUGGUACAGUAUUUAACAGUUGUGAAAAAGCAAAGCCUGUUCUGUCACUGAAAAAUGAAUACAGAUAAUUAAAAGAAAUUGUCAAGUUGACACAAGCAGGAGAUGAUGUAAGUUUACCUGCAUUAUCCUGUAAUUCUCUGUAAACCACUCAUUUAAAGAGCAGAUGGGAUUAUAUCUGGAGGUCAAGCCUUGUUGAAUAUCAGUAUACCGUCCAUUAGAAGGGCCUCACCACAGAUGUUUGUCAGACACCUGCACACAUAGCUGAGUUUAUUUAAAUAGGGUGAAAGCCAUCACUGAAUGGUGUUGUACUAGCCUAUAUAGUUUCUGACUGACUGUGUAGAGACUGUGUGGUAUGUUUCAGCAACAUUUUAUUUAUUAACAGUUGUCAAAACAAAAAUGUAUGAUAUGUAAAGAAACAGUUUCAUAAUUUGUAUUUUUUUUUCUGUUAUUGACUGAAAUGUAUGUGCAUUAUGUAGCUUCACUGCAUUUUAAUAUGUUGGAAAUGCAAUGAAAGUGGGCAAUAAAGCAAUGCAGUGUCAUAAUUUAUUGAAAUA